ACAAUUUGUGAACUAUUUUGUGAAUAACACAUAGAAGCGAUCGUAUGAGUCCGUGGACCGUGAUUGGACGUAAACUGCGUAGGUUUUUGCGUAGAGCUGCGGCGGUUUCGAACGCGGUGUGAACAGAGCCUCAUAAAAUGGCGGAUCGCGGUGAAGAUGUAGACGCAGAGCGUGAAGAUGAAUUUUUUGAGGUGGUUAACAUCACGGAUUAUGCCAGGAGGCAUCAAUGGUGGAGUCGUGUUUUUGGGAACAGCACAGGACCCAUUGCAGAAAAGUACUCUGUGGCUUCACAGAUCAUGAUGGGCGGAGUGACAGGAUGGUGUGCUGGUUAUCUUUUUCAGAGAGUUGGGAAAGUUGUGGCUACUGCUGUUGGAGGGGGAUUUCUUUUGCUGCAAAUUGCCAACCACAGUGGCUAUGUGCAGGUUGACUGGAGGAAAGUGGAAAAGGAUGUCAAUAAAGCUAAAAAGCAUUUGAAGAAAAAUGCAAACAAAGCAGCCCCCGAGCUCAGUUCCUUCAUAGAAGAAUCGACAGAAUUUGUGAAGAGGAAUAUUGUUAUCUCGGGGGGAUUUGUUGGAGGAUUUCUGCUGGGCCUGGCAUCCUAAGUGAAACCUGGAUCUACUCUGUAUUGCCACUGAUAUAAGUAGUUUGCACAUUAAAAUUCUCCCUUACCUCUGUAUCGCAGCGAUACAACACUGAAACUUGAUGUAUUGUCUGAAGCAGUCGUUUGCUGAACUGUUGUUCUAAAUAUAUUCCUCCAAAAUGUUGUUCUUAACUGUACAUAGCUUAAUCUUUCUGAUGAAGAGAGAGAUAUUGUGCCAAUAACUUUAUACAAAAAUUGGUGGUGUGGUUUUAUGUUAUUUUUUAUAUUAGUUUGCCUACCCUUAAUUAUAAAGACAUCAGCAUGAAGUAUAUUACAUAUACAACUAAAGUGUUUAUUGUUGUAUUUUGUUUUUGACAAUACAUUAUUCGAGUUAGUUGUAAUAAUUUCCUUAAUAUUUACGUGUCCAGAGGCAUUUAUUCUUUUUGGAGUGCUUUGUGAUGGAUAAUUUAAUAUACAGAAUAACCCACCAAUAACAUGUUUGUGGACAUAAUAAAAAUGAUGUCUGUCUGGUUAUUUACAAAAACUUAACAAAGGUUUAGAAACAUCUUGAUGUAUAACAGCAUGGACUUAAUUAAAUGCGGGUUUUUAUUUAAUUUUUUAAUUUUUUUUUUUUUUUUUUUUUGUACAGGUUUAAGUACAUUUGAGAAUUUGGCCACCCAGUUAAUAAUCAUAUAGAUCAUGCAGUUUACAGUAACAUAACACAUUGGCUGAAGAGAUUCGGAAGAAGGUCCUACUGUAUGUUCAUCAAAAGUACUUUAUGUUAUCUUAAAAUAAUAAUUUAUUAAUUAUU